AUGUCAGAACUGCCUAAGGACGGAAAUUUACUGUUUGAUAAAUAUUUGCGGAAAAUUGAUUAUGCAUUUCGUUGGAGCGGCUUGCAUUUGAGAAACCGCGAUGAUUACAAUAUGAAGAAAGCAAGAUUUUUGUAUUGGUUUAAUUCUUUUUGGCUAAACAAAGAGAUCGUGGGAGGUAUUUGUUUUAUUGCAAAAGGAGCAGCAAAUGGAGGACUGGUUUCUAUGACCCACACAGCACCUAGCAUCACUCUGGCUCUUUUAAGCAACAUUAGGUCUUUAUCAAUUAUGUGGCAUCAUGGCUAUGUGGACAAACUGGUCUUUAAAUUGAGAGAACUAGAAACCAAGACCGAUUUGAACAAUAAUGAUAACAAAACAUAUGUCGAACGUCCAAUCGAAUUUUUACAUUUUGUAUUAAAACUAUCAGGAUUCUUCAACUGGCUCUUGAUAUUAGCGUUUCCAUUAAUGCCGCUCUCUAUAUCGGUCUAUAAUUACUUGGUAUUGAAGAAAGUGGAAUUGGUACUACCAUUUCUCAUCUCGUAUCCAUUUGAUGCGUAUGAUAUAAAAAUAUACCCGUUUGUCCUGCUCCACAAUAUUUACAGUGAAUCUUUCUAUUACAUCUGCACUACUUUUAUCGUAGUUCAGUUCAAGCUUCUACAACAAGAAAUAAAAGUAAUAAUCCCAAAAAAGAGUGGUAAUAGAGGGGGGAAACAGAACGUGGACAAAGUAUUUCAAAUGAAGAUAAUGGAGUUGGUUAAAUGGCAUCAGGCGCUCAUGGAUGCCGUGGCAAUAUUAGAGACAAUCUAUUCAAAGUCGACACUAUUCAACUUUGUGUCCAGUUCAGCUAUGAUUUGCCUUGCUGGGUUUAAUAUUACGAUGAUUGAUAAUGUGGCUUUCAUUAUAAUGUUCCUUGCUCUUCUCUGCCUCUCUUUGGUGCAGAUAUUCUUAUUCUGUUUCUUCGGAGAUACGAUUAUCAGAUCAAAUCUGGAAGUGAGUGAUGCUGUGUACAACUGUAAUUGGUACUUAACAAGUGCCAAGAAGGCCAAAAUGCUUCAUUAUUUACAGAUGAGGGGGCAUAGACCAUGUAAAUUGACUGCAUACGGUUUUGCCGAUGUCAAUAUGAUAGCUUUUUCUAAGAUCAUGAACUCGGCUUGGUCUUACUUCGCACUUCUGAAAACUGUUAACAAAUAA